GAAAAUACAUAAUUUAGAUAUGUAUCAUACGCAAUCAUGAGUAGGAAAAGAAACCCAAAUUUUACGUCACAAGAGAUACAAAUUUUGACUGACGAAGUCGAGAAGAACAAGUUCCUACUAUUCAGCAGACUCACAAAUACAGCAACCAACAGUGCCAAAAAGAGAGCAUGGGAGGCUGUAUGCUCAAAGAUGAAAGCAGUCAAUGACACAGAUCACUUCAGAACAGUUGAAGUGAUUCGAAAAAAGUGGACCUGCUACAUAAGCAGUACAAAAAAGAAGCUAACAGAAAAUGAAAUAGAGUCACGACGGACUGGUGGUGGUCCCUCUCGAAAUAAAGUAUCAUCAGUAGAAGAAAAAGUAGCAGGGAUAAUCGGCAAAACUCCUAUCAAUGGAAUUGACACCUUUGUAUCUUCUUCAUUUGAGAAACAAGACUCUUUUGCUUCCGUUCCGUCGCCUGAAAAGUCCAAAAGGCUGUCAUCUUCAAGCUCCAGCAUUUUGCAAGCCUUUCCUCUUAUUUCGUCACACGAUGAUUAUGCUGUUGAGGAUGUGAAUAUUACCCAGGAUAUGCCAUCUUCAAGUAAAGUUGCAAAAUUGGACAUACCAACAAAGAAAUUUCUGAAGGAAACUGACACAUUGCGCCUUAUUGAAAUUGAAAAUGAAAGAUUGAAAGUGGAGAGAGAACGGUUACAGAUAGAAAGAAGUAGAUACGAGGUAGACAAAGACAGAUACAACUUAAAUGUGCAGAAAUUAGAGAUAGAAAAGGAAAAACUGGAAAUGGAAAAGGGCAGAUAUAAUUUGGAAUUGUCAAGGCAGUAA